CCGGGUCCUGCGGGGGUGUGGGCACUCCGGGCUUCUUCCCCGGCUGGACUGUCACCGGCGGGGCCGGAGCUGCAAGCCGAUUGGACUCCGCGUUCUCAAACUUUUCUGCCAGUUUGCUCAGGUGCGGGGAGCAGCCGGGGAGCUCGCCGCCUGCCGGGCCCCGCUCAGGGCCGGCGGGGCGUGGAGGCCGGAGCCGAGCUGCCCGGAGCUCCGCAGCCGCGGGUGGCCGGGCCAGGCGCCGCCGCAGGAGGCGAGGAAGGAGGCGGGGACACGCCCGCAGGCAGUUCUCCCCGGGCCGGAGCACGGCGGCCCGGGAUCCCUCGGGUCCGGGGAGCUGCGCAGGGUGCCCGGCCGGGGGCGCCCCGCCUCCCGCGCCCGCCGCCCCCGCCCACUCGGGCGCCCGCGAUUGGCUCCGCCCGCCCCUGGCUGCGCGCCGAGCCCGCCUCCCUCGCAGCUAAAGCAGACGGGCCCCGGAGCGCGGCGAGCCAGAAGGGAGCAUGGUCCCCGCGCCGCGGCCGCGCCUGCCCCCGCACCGCCGAGCCAGCCGCCGCGCCAACCCCGGCCCCGGCCCCGCCGCCGCGCACGCCCGCCGCGCCUGAGCUCAGCCCCCGCCCGCAGCCCGAGCCCCGCGCCCGGAGCCGGCCCUAGCCCCGCGGCCGCCGAGGCUGCGGGAGAGGGCGGGGGCGAUGCUGCCGGAGCCGCCGCCGCCGCCGCCGCCUCGGUGAGAGCCGCGCCGCGCUCCCCGCACAGGCUGCCGGGCGCCAGGACCCGCUUCCAUCCGCCGGGCAUCCUCUCCGGGCUGCCGGGAGGCGGCGGCGGCCGCGGAGGAGGAACAGGCGGGGAGCAGGAAGGCGACGAGGUGGACCUGGAGCCCUUCCUCCCGGCCAGGACCCGAGCGGCCCGAGCCACUGCCGCUCGCCGGCGCCGGCCCCUGUCCAUCAGCCCCCCCGCGCCCAUCCGCGACCCCCGGCUCCCCGCGCGCCGGGCCGGGGCGGGAGCGGCGCGACCGGAGGCUGCCUGGCCCCCCAGGAAUGCUCAUGCUGUUGCCCUGAGUGUUGGCGGCCACCGAGGGUUUUGCAUCCUGGGGUCGAAUCCUGAACUCGCCAGAGACGGGCGGCACAAGCAGGUCCGGCCUCUGUUCUCCCGAGAGGAACCGCCGUGCCCCACCGAGAUGUCCCGGCACCACAGCCGCUUCGAAAGAGACUACCGGGUGGGCUGGGACCGGCGCGAGUGGAGUGCCAACGGGACACAUGGGACCACCAGCAUCUGCAGCGCCACGGCCGCCGGGGCCACCGGGGGCGGCACGGCCAGCAGCCUCAGCGCCCGGCCCGGCCUCCUGCCGCUGCCCGUCGUGCCCACCCGGCUGCCCACGCCCGCCACAGCCCCCGCACCCUGCACCACGGGCAGCGGCGAGGCCAUCACCAGCCUCGUGGCCAGCUCCGCCUCGGCAGUCUCCACCAAGGCCCCCGGCAUCUCCAAGGCGGACAACAAGUCCCAGGGACUCACAACCAGCAUCCGGUGGGGCCAGACGCCCGUCAACCAGUCCACGCCCUGGGACACAGAUGAGCCGCCCUCCAAACAACUGAGGGAAAGCGACAACCCAGGUACGGGGCCGUGGGGGACCACAGUGGCCGCCGGAAGCCAGCCCGUCUUGAUCGCACACUCCUAUGGAGUGGCCCAGCCUCCCACCUUCAGCCCGGCCGUGAAUGUCCAGGCCCCGGUCAUCGGGGUCACCCCCGCGCUGCCCCCCCACGUGGGACCCCAGCUCCCGCUGAUGCCAGGCCACUACUCGCUCCCGCAGCCGCCCUCCCAGCCAUUGAGCAGCAUGGUGGUCAACAUGCCCGCCCAGGCCCUGUACGCCAGCCCACAGCCCCUGGCCGUGUCCACCCUGCCCGGCGUGGGCCAGGUGGCCCGUGCGGGACCUGCCGCCGUGGGCAACGGCCACAUGGCCGGGCCUCUGCUGCCCCCACCGCCGCCGGCCCAGCCGUCUGCCGCUCUCCCCAGCGGGGCCCCCACCACCAACGGGCCCCCGGCUGCCACCGACUCGGCCCCCGGGCUGCAGAUGCUGAGAACCAUCGGCGUGGGGAAGUAUGAGUUCACUGACCCCGGGCACCCUAAAGAAAUGUUGAAGGAAUUGAACCAGCAGCGCAGAGCGAAAGCCUUUACAGACCUGAGAAUUGUUGUUGAAGGCAGAGAGUUUGAAGUCCACCAAAAUGUUCUAGCUUCCUGCAGCUUGUAUUUCAAGGACCUGAUUCAAAGGUCGGUGCAGGACAGCGGCCAGGGCGGCCGGGAGAAGCUGGAGCUGGUGCUGUCCAACCUGCAGGCCGAAGUGCUGGAGCUGCUGCUGGAGUUCGUCUACACUGGCUCCCUGGUCAUCGACUCGGCCAACGCCAAGACGCUACUGGAGGCUGCCAGCAAGUUCCAGUUCCACACCUUCUGCAAAGUCUGCGUGUCCUUUCUUGAGAAGCAACUGACGGCCAGCAACUGCCUGGGGGUGCUGGCCAUGGCGGAGGCCAUGCAGUGCAGCGAGCUCUACCACAUGGCCAAGGCCUUUGCGCUGCAGAUCUUCCCCGAGGUGGCAGCCCAGGAGGAAAUCCUCAGCAUCUCCAAGGACGACUUCAUCACCUACAUCUCCAACGACAGCCUCAACACCAAGGCCGAGGAGCUGGUGUACGAGACCGUCAUCAAAUGGAUCAAGAAGGACCCCGCGUCCCGGGUGCAGCACGCCGCAGAGCUCCUGGCCGUGGUGCGUCUUCCCUUCAUCCACCCCAGCUACCUGCUCAACGUGGUGGACAACGAGGAGCUCAUCAAAUCCUCGGAGGCCUGCAGGGACCUGGUGAACGAGGCCAAGCGCUACCACAUGCUGCCCCACGCCCGGCAGGAGAUGCAGACGCCGCGUACCCGGCCCCGGCUCUCAGCAGGUGUGGCCGAGGUCAUCGUCCUGGUCGGGGGUCGGCAGAUGGUGGGGAUGACCCAGCGCUCUCUGGUGGCCGUCACCUGCUGGAACCCCCAGAACAACAAGUGGUACCCCCUGGCCUCACUGCCCUUCUACGACCGCGAGUUCUUCAGUGUCGUGAGCGCCGGGGACAACAUCUACCUCUCAGGUGGGAUGGAGUCGGGAGUGACACUGGCUGAUGUCUGGUGCUACAUGUCCCUGCUCGACAACUGGAACCUGGUCUCCAGGAUGACUGUCCCCCGCUGCCGGCACAACAGCCUGGUCUACGAUGGGAAGAUCUAUACCCUGGGGGGGCUCGGCGUGGCAGGCAACGUGGAGCACGUGGAGAGGUACGAUACCAUCACCAACCAGUGGGAGGCGGUGGCGCCCCUGCCCAAGGCCGUGCACUCGGCGGCGGCCACGGUGUGUGGUGGGAAGAUCUACGUGUUCGGAGGCGUGAACGAGGCGGGCCGGGCGGCGGGUGUCCUCCAGUCCUAUGUGCCGCAGACAGAUGCCUGGAGCUUCAUUGAGUCCCCGAUGAUCGAUAACAAGUACGCCCCUGCUGUCACGCUCAAUGGCUUCGUCUUCAUCCUGGGUGGGGCCUAUGCCAGGGCCACCACCAUCUACGACCCAGAAAAGGGGAACAUCAAGGCAGGCCCAAACAUGAACCACUCUCGCCAGUUCUGCAGCGCCGUGGUCCUGGACGGCAGGAUCUACGCCACCGGCGGCAUCGUGAGCAGCGAGGGGCCGGCGCUGGGCAACAUGGAGGCCUACGAGCCCGCCACCAACACGUGGGCCCUGCUGCCGCACAUGCCCUGCCCCGUGUUCAGGCAUGGCUGCGUGGUGAUCAAGAAGUACAUCCAGAGUGGCUGACGGCCCAGGAGCCCGCCCCGAGAGACACUGCACCCGGCUGGGGAGGCCCGGCCCGGUCACCCAGGAACUCGCCGGGCUCCACAUUCUGAAUCCUCUCUACAUUGAAUGUAGAAAAUCAUCCUCGCCUUUGGGGGGAACGGGGGCUCAGCCCUGGGGGCCCGUAGGAGCCGCGCCCCUGGGCCUCUAGCUCUGGACAGAGACGCAAUAGAGUUCCACAUAUAUUUCAACUGGGAGAGAGCAGCUGUGGGGCUUUGUUUUCUUUCUUGCCUUUUUUUAAAUUUUUUUUUCUCCUUCCUGCAGAGCAAGCUUGAUCCCUCAGCCAACCAUCGGUCAGUUAUCCAAGGACAAUAGUCCGUGUCAGGCUCUCUUGGCUACGAUCAAAGAGUCAUUCUCACUUUGAUUCCUCCUUUUGUUUUCUAACCGAGUCUACGAGGACAUUGCUGUGUGGCCAGAGGCCAGGAGGCUGCUGGCUCCCCUCGGGGUCAAGGUAGAGAAAUGCGGUCACCUGCCCGGCCUCCGUGUCCUGAAUGCCAUGAGGCUACAGAGGCUGGGGACAGCUGGACAGCCAUCUGUCCCUCACAGGGUUUUCUAUUGGGUGUUUGUAGAAGGACAAGAGUGGGGUUGUGCUAGCUUUCUCUUACCCUCUAUGAAUAAUUUAGAUUUCCAAGUCAUUUUCUUGAUAAACGAAAGGCUAUUUUUAAGUACCAAGAGAAAAGGAAGUGGAGGCCG